ACAAGUUGCUUGGAAAUAUGGCGGCUUUGGAAAUAGAAUCGGCUGACGUUAUCCGGUUAAUUCAGCAAUAUUUGAAAGAAAAUAACUUACUUCGAACUUUACAUACUUUGCAGGAAGAAACGAACAUCUCUCUAAAUACAGUUGACUCUGUUGAAAAUUUUGUUGCAGAAAUUAACAAUGGUCAUUGGGACACAGUUUUACAAGCAAUUCAAUCACUUAAACUUCCAGAUCAGAAGUUGAUAGAUUUAUAUGAACAAAUUGUUUUGGAAUUAAUUGAAUUGAGAGAAUUAGCAGCUGCUAGAUCUGUUCUGAGGCAAACAGAUCCUAUGAUAAUGCUUAAAUCUAAGCAUCCUGAAAGAUAUGUACAUUUAGAAAAUAUGCUACAAAGAAAUUAUUUUGAUCCAAAAGAGGCUUAUACUGAAGGUCAAAGUAAAGAUAAGAGGCGUGGAGCUAUAGCACAGAGCCUUUCUGGUGAAGUACAUGUUGUACCUUCGUCAAGACUUUUGGCUCUGUUAGCUCAAGCUUUAAAAUGGCAACAACAUCAAGGACUUUUGCCUCCAGGAACAACUAUCGAUGUUUUCAGAGGAAAAGCUUCAGUUAAACAACAGGAGGACGAAAGAUACCCUACUCAAUUCGCUAAACAAAUAAAAUUUGGCCAAAAAUCUCAUGUCGAAUGUGCUAAAUUUUCACCUGAUGGACAAUAUUUGGUAACUGGAUCGAUCGAUGGUUUCAUAGAAGUUUGGAACUUUACAACAGGAAAAAUUCGAAAAGAUUUAAAAUAUCAGGCUCAAGAUAACUAUAUGAUGAUGGAGGAGGCAGUUUUAUGCAUGUGCUUUAGUAGAGAUUCAGAAAUGCUAACAACCGGAUCGCAAGAUGGAAAGAUUAAAGUGUGGAAAAUUCAAACUGGCCAAUGUCUUCGUCGAUUUGAAAAAGCACAUGCAAAGGGCGUAACCUGCGUUCAAAUGUCAAAGGACAACAGUCAUAUACUCAGCUCUUCUUUCGAUCAUACAAUACGCAUUCACGGCUUGAAGUCUGGAAAAACACUUAAAGAAUUUCGUGGUCACACCUCAUUUGUAAAUUGGGCUACAUACACAGCUGAUGGCCAUUAUGUCAUUAGUGCAAGUUCGGAUGGUUCAGUUAAGGUUUGGAGUGUGAAAACAGCUGAUUGUCAGAAUACUUUUAAAUCUGUUGGUGGUAUUGAUAGCGGUACUGAUUUGACUGUUCAUAGUGUUCAUUUAAUAGCAAGAAAUCAAGAUCAUUUUGUAGUGUGUAAUCGAUCGAAUACUGUUGUUGUUAUGAAUAUGAGAGGACAGAUUGUCAGAAGUUUCAAUAACGGUAAAAGGGAGGGAGGAGAUUUUGUCUGUUGCACAACUUCACCUAGAGGUGAAUGGAUUUAUUGUGUUGGGGAAGAUAAUGUAUUGUAUUGUUUUUGUAUGUCUACUGGGAAGCUGGAAAGAACAUUAGAGGUUCAUGAUAAGGACGUAAUUGGACUUUGUCAUCAUCCACACAAUAACCUAAUUGCAACUUAUUCAGAUGACGGAAUGCUGAAGAUGUGGAAACACUGAAAUCUAGAACACUUAUAUCCAAUUUGUACUACAGAGGGCGGACUAAGUAUGGAGCAGUGAAACGAUAGUCAAAUUAAAGUCGGAUAAUAUUACAGUUUCCAGUAAAAGUUCGAUUGCACGAAUUUUUUUUCAAAUUAAAAAAAUUUGCAUAUGUUAAGAAUAUUUUAUAUAUUUGUUCGGUACAGUUUGCACGUUACUUUAGACCUUGUCCUAAACCUUCCGGUAUAGUAGACUAGAAAAUUUUCACCUUGAUGAUUCUAUUGGUUCUGGGAACUGUUUAGUGUCAAUUGUAUUGAAGCAUAUACAGUUUAUAAAGUAGAAUAUCUAUAUUUUAUACAUUUUAUAACUGAUCACGUAGUUCUUAUUCGCAAUUAUGCAUUACAAGAUAUUUUUAUGAAUAUUCUAAAGUAUCUAUUUCUUGUUAUAUUCCAAUCUGAAAUUGCUUUCGUAACAAAUUGAAUGAUCGUCUUAUUAAAAAGAAUAUCGUCAUUAUAAACAUUUAAAUUUCUUUUUUUAGCUGCUCAAAGUAUCGAAUGUUCAACAUGGUUUUCGUGAUAAAAUUGCUUUUGCUAAUUAAUAUUAACAUACUUUAAUACUCUGGGAUGAUAUUCGGCCCUAAAGAUAUAAUUAAAGUGUAAUUCGAUAAUGAAAACACGUUCACGCACAUGUUCAAUUAAAUCACGAAUUUAGCAAGCCUAGAUUUUACGGAUGAAUCUAUUAGGUAUACUGUCACAUGAAGAAUAUGCUUAUAUAAUUCCUUAUCGAUAAAUAUCGAGAGAGUAUUCUCUGAAGGCCUAUAAAAAUAAGAAGAUAAUAUAAAUCGAAUGACAAAUGUAAGACAUUGACCUACUUUUAACUAAUUAAUCUCUCAUACGUAUACUUCAUAUACAGUAUGCAUAGAAUUUAAAAAUAGGGUGUUUGCUUAAAC